AUGAAGAUAAAACGCCCUCGAUUGCAAGUAGCCCGCCCCGAAUCCACCUUUGCAGCAGGAAACGCACGAUGGACGAACCUCGACCUAGACCCAGUCCCAAAACACCAACGCAACUGGGGUAGCAUAAGCUUCAUUGCAUACUGGAUCUCCGACGCCUUCAACGUCAGCACCUGGCAAUUCGCCAGCAGCAUCCUCGCCGUAGGCCUCAACUACAAAGACGCCCUCAUCAUCGUCGCAAUCGCCUUCUUCAUCAUCUCCAUCGUCAUCGCUGCUAACGGCGCCGUCGGCGCUAUCUAUCACGUGCCGUUUCCCGUGAUCGCGCGCGCGAGCUGGGGGUUCUACGGGUCGUAUAUUGCUAUUCUUUCGAGACUGGUGUUGGCGGUGGUUUGGUUCGCGAUUCAUAAUGUGAAUGGUGGGAAUGCGGUGAGGGUUAUGAUUGGGGCUAUUUGGCCUAGUUUUCUGGGGAUUGGGAAUGGGAUUCCUGCCGGGCAGGGCAUUACCACGCAGGGUAUGGUGGGUUAUAUGAUAUAUUGGAUCGUGCAAUUACCGUUGCUGUGUGUGCGGCCGGAGAAGGUACGGUGGUUGUUUGUGGUGAAGUCAGUGCUUGUGCCGAUUGCAUGGGUUGCUAUACUUAUCUGGGCGUUUGUCGCUGAAGGGGGUGGGAGUAUGUUCCAGGAGACGUCAAGUUCGACUACAAUCUCGGGAUCGACGUAUAGUUGGUUGUUCCUGGCGAAUAUGACCUCGAUUCUGGGGAACUAUGCAACGACCAGUGUCAAUCAGUCGGAUUUCUCGCGGUACUCGCGGGUGUCGGCGAAGUGGCAGUUGUUGUAUGUGCCUAUGUUGCCGAUUGUGUUUACGUUUAUCUCGUUCAUUGGCAUUGCCGCGUCGUCUGCUGGUCAGGCGCGGUAUUAUGGUGGCACUGGUGAGAUCCCCUGGGAUCCGACAGUGCUCAUUAGCAACUGGUCCAGCCGGGCUUGUCGAUUUUUUGCAGCUGCGAGUUUCGUCCUCGCUUCGUUGGGUGUGAAUAUCUCGGCAAACUCCAUCUCAGCAGCAAAUGACCUCGCCGCGCUGGCACCACGAUACUUCAAUAUUCGUCGGGGUCAAUUACUCUGCGCGUUGUUGUCAUGGUGUCUCGUGCCGUGGAAGAUCCUCGCGUCCGCGGAGAGUUUCCUCAACUUCAUGUCUGCAUACGCUAUCUUCCUCGCGCCGGUAGCGGCCAUCAUGUUAUGCGAUUACUGGGUCGUCAAGCAUCGGAAGUACGAUACGCUCGCGCUGUAUCAGCCGUUUAACCAAACGUAUCGGUAUUCGUUCGCACGUGUGAUAGCUGGGAAAGAGGUUAGUGUUUGGGGGGUUAACUGGAGAGCCAUUGUUGCGUUUUUGGCGGGUGUGGUGCCGAGUUUACCGGGGUUGAUUCAUUCUGUUAAUAGCUCUGUUGAGGUUGGGGUGGGGAUGAGGCCGUAUCAGUUUGGGUGGUUUCUGGGCUUUGUUGGCGCGAGUGGUGUGUAUGUGGGAUUGUCGUGGUGGUUUCCGGCGAGGGAGACGGUUGUGCAGAGGGCUGUUCUUGCAGACGAAAUAUACGAGAAUAGGGUUCUAACGGGGCUGGGCAUUGAGGAGCUUGAAAGGGACGAGUAUAAAGGGUUUAAAGUAUAA